AUGCCGCAGGAAGGAGUGACAGCCUUUCAGAAUGCGCACGAUCAUCCGCUAGUUAUGGGUUGGAGAGCAAAGAAAGGCAGAGAGAGUAACUGGUCAAAGACAAGAGAUUGUAUCGUGUCGAGAUUAACCAAAGGCAUGGCAAAAGCUGCGGCCUGCGAGCAGAUUCAGGCAGGGAGUAUGAAAGAUUUCAUGCCCGCCAUCAUGGCUGUACAUCAUAUGAAGCGAGAAGAAGAGUAUCUGGUGGUGUGUGUAAUGGAGGACGAGGGACUGGUAGCAGCAAUCAACCAUCGCUUCCAUGACGCCUCCUCCAUGGGGCUCCUACUUGACGGGUAUGGGGUCAACCCGCAGCUUGUGCCGGCAGACAUCAUGAAGCUUCCUCCUCUUCCGCUUCCAACACCAAUGGUGAAGACAAGAAGAGAAUGUCUGCGUAUCUCGCAUGAAGAGCUCAAGAGCGCGAGGGAGCUGACGGGUCUGCAUACUCGGAACGAGGUCGCCAUGCUCCUGAGCGCCCUCCUUGUUGGGACGUGCAUGCCAACAGCCCGCAUCAUGGUGCUCCACACCCUGAAACCUCGCAGGGAGCGCGAGGCAGCAGGGGGAGACUUCUCCUGCCUCUCCCAGCCGCUCCAGGUCUCUUCGUCAUGGUCCAUCAGUGAAGCCGCUAAGACGGUGCGGGAACAUCUCAGUCGGCUUCGAGCAGGCAGCCAGACUCUCGUGGAGAGAGAAGCAGCCAUGGCAGCGGCCCAGCAGGACAAGGAUGCCCAGUCGCCGCUGCUGAUCUUCGACACGUGGAUCGGGUCCGGCAUGGCCUCACCAGCCGGCCUUGACGUGCGAGUGUACGAGGACCUCCUGGACUCCUUUGCCUUUGUGGUGCGGGAGUACAUCAUCGCGUACGAGGAAGAGGAGGACUUGUUGCUGCAAUUCUACGGUGAGUUUGCGAGCUUGUCAGAUGAAGUUGUCGAUCGCAUUCUCAAGUGA